ACACAACCCUAUAGCUUCUGUUUGUUGUAUCAUUUUGUAGGUUGUGUUCUGUUCUCAGGAUCAAUGGCUCCAGUUCCAGAGGUUAUCGAUACACCCAUUGGUAGUGUUGUCAGGCGGAGCAGCUUUCCUAGUGGCUUCGUCUUUGGUUCAGCAUCUUCUGCUUAUCAGUACGAAGGUGCUGCUUUUAAGUAUGGUAAAGGGGCGAGUAUAUGGGAUAUCUACACUCAUAAAUAUCCAGAGAGAAUUGAUGAUCGCAGCAACGGAGAUGUGGCUCUUGAUUCGUACCAUCGCUAUAAGGAAUAUAUUGCCAUUAUGAAGCAAAUUGGUUUGGAUGUCUACAGAUUCUCAAUCGCCUGGACUAGAAUUUUGCCAUAUGGAAGACUUAGUGGGGGUGUCAACAGAGAAGGAAUUCAGUACUAUAACAACCUCAUCAAUGAACUUCUUGCAAAUGGAAUCAAACCAUUUGUCACAAUUUUCCAUUGGGAUGUUCCCCAAGCUUUACAAGAUGAAUAUCAAGGUCCCAUGAAUCGCCAAUUUGUAAAUGAUUUUCGAGAAUUCGCUGAGCUCUGUUUCAAAGAGUUUGGAGAUAGAGUGAAGCAUUGGAUCACGUUGAAUGAAGAAUACAUCUUCACCUUAAAAGGUUAUGUGCUGGGACAAUAUGCACCUGGUAGAGGUUUAGAAUGGGACCCAAGUCGUUAUAUUGGUGGAGAUUCUGGCACCGAACCGUACUUUGUUGGACACCAUCUAAUUCUUGCUCACGCGGCUGCGGUCAACGUUUACCGGACCAAAUAUCAGGCAAACCAGAAGGGUAUUAUUGGCCUUUCAUUUGCAAUUAAUUGGUAUGUCCCAUAUUCAGAUAGUGAGGCAGAUAGAGCAGCUGCAGGUCGAGCUCUUGACUUUUCUCUUGGUUGGUUUUUGCAUCCACUCGUGUAUGGAGAUUAUCCACGUAGUAUGAGAUUUAAUGUGAAGGAGAGGUUGCCCAAAUUCACAGCGGAUGAAGUGGCUUCGAUGAUACAGUCCUUUGAUUUUAUUGGAAUAAAUUACUAUACAGCUAAUUAUGCAAAAAACAAUCCCAAUAUGAUCAUUCCAAAACCAAGCUAUUUGAAUGAUAUUCAUGCAACUCUAUCAACUGAUCGUAAUGGAGUCCCAAUUGGUCCGAAGGCGGGACCAUCAUCGUGGCUUGCAGUUUAUCCACAGGGAUUGAAAGAUUUGUUGGUAUAUAUAAAGAACAUGUAUCGAGAUCCAACUAUUUACAUCACAGAAAAUGGAUACUUUGACUAUGAUAGCCCCAAUGUUGACAAAUUAAUCAUGGACAAGGCAAGAAUCAAAUACUAUCACGAUCAUCUCUAUUACCUUCAUGAGGCAAUGAAUGCUGGUGUAAGAGUGAAAGGAUAUUUUGUAUGGACAUUGUUAGACGACUUUGAAUGGGCAAGUGGCUACACUAUACGCUUUGGUAUGACCUACGUUGAUUUCAAGAACAAUUUGAAAACGCUUCUGAAAGAAUCAGCAAUAUGGUUCAACAAUUUCCUCAAGACCUAAAGGAGACUUAUUGGCUGUUUUGUUAUUGCAUUCUUCUAAUAAGAAGACUACUAAAUAAAUUUGCAAUAGCAAAACCAUGUCUUGACAUUUAUUAAGUAUGUAUCUUAAUGUUUUCUAUAUUGGUGGUCAAUGAAAUAAACUUCUCUUCUCUUUA